AUGCGCGAGCGGGGUGAGCUCCCGAAGGCGAGGUCGAUUCUUAUCAUGGACAACUUGCACGCGCAGACCACGGACGAGUUCAAGGAGUAUCUUGCGAAGCACUGCAACACUCUCGCCUGGUAUGGCCCUUCGGAGUGCACGGACGAGGUGCAGCCAGUUGAUGCAGGAGCCGGACGAUUUCUCAAGGUGGAAGUCGGGAGGCAGAUGGACAUAUGGCUCGAGCAGUCGGACAACCCCGAGAGGUGGGAAACCGCGUCGCUGACAGCUUCUGAUCGGCGCGUCCUGAUCACUCAGUGGAUGGGAGUGGCCAUGGCAAGACUCAACAGCCAACAGGCGUACCGAUACCGUCUUUUCGAAAAGUGCGGGAUGGCCAUGACCGUGGACGGCUCGGGCGAUGAUCGAAUCACCUUGGAGGGUUUGGACAAGCCGUAUGUAUACCUUCGCUAACGAUGAAGACAGUAGCGACGACGAACAAGGUUCGGAGAACGGCAACGAUGAGCCUGAGGGGCGGGCGGAGGAGGGCGAUGGAGGCCAUGAAACGUUUAUGGAGGGCGUUGACUCCAGCGAUGUAGACGACGGCGACAUCUCUCAACCCCAGACCGACGAGCUAGUUCUUCUGGACGACGCUGACAGCAUGGACCCACAAGACCCGUAGGAUGAGAUACAGGGAAUGGAGAUCCAGGCAGGCUUUCGUAUUCAAGAAGCUAAACCCUUUGCUCUUGACAGAUUGCUUUUGCGGCGUGGAGUGCUCGUUAGGCUGGGCAUGGGGUGGUUUGGAGGCCUGAUCACUCAACAAUCUCAGAAGGACACUCGCCACCUGUACGACUACUGUGUGCAGCUGGAGCUAGACCAGAGUACGCGCAAGAUGAAAAUGCCCUUAGACAAGUACGGCGGAGAUUCGGAUGCGGCUGUAGGCUCCUCAUUACUAAUUUAGUAGACCAGGAAGGGUACGCAGGACGAACGUCACCUUUGUGGACCAAGAAGGUUGACAGUUGCUGCUCCAUGCCUUGGUAUUUUCUUGUAUCGACAGCAGUACUAGUGUUGCUCAUGGUUGACAGCCGACAAUAUCAAAUGAUGUUAAAAUACUGCAAGCACAAGAACGCCCCUUUCUGGAGAAGAAUGGACGACGAAAUAAGAACUUGGCAAAUAAGAUCUGGUGCUCGGGUUGAAACAGCCAAUAAGAACUGAGCCUCGCCCAAUAGAGGAGGUUCGAAGUCCGGGCCGGCACUG